GCUAUCACAAAGCAGUAGCAGCAGUGGCAACGGAAGCUCUGUAACAUCUACAAUGGUCCUCGCCUUGGACAUCAUUUGAUGAAACUUCUUACAAAUCUGACACCUUGAAGCCCGCUACUCUUGCGUGUUUACUGGAAACUUCCUCGCACUGAAAAGGCCCGAAAGGUUUCCAGUCGCCGUGCCAGAAUCGGACGCGGAGAACGCAACCGUUUCAAAACUGAACUGGACUCAAUGAGGGAGCCGGAUCGGGAGGAGGAGCAGCAGCAGCAGCAGCAGCCUGACGACAACAUGCCCCCCAAGUUCAAGAGACAUCUCAACGAUGAUGAGGUCACGGGAUCCGUUCGCAGCGAGAGGAGGAACUUGCUGGAGGAAGACUCUGAUGAGGAGGAAGACUUUUUUCUGCGCGGCCCCACGGGACCCCGAUUGGGAGGCCAGAAUGACAAACUCAAACAUGUGCAGUCGCAGGUGGACGAGGUGAUCGACGUGAUGCAGGAGAACAUCUCCAAGGUGAUCGAGAGGGGCGAGCGUCUCGACGACCUGCAGGACAAGUCGGAGAGCCUAUCGGACAACGCGUCGGCCUUCAGCAGCCGAGCCAAACAGCUGCACAGGAGGAUGAUGUGGCGGAACAUGAAGAUGAAGAUGAUCAUCGCUCUGGUCGUGAUUGGUCUCCUGCUGAUUAUAAUCAUUCCCGUGAUUCUGCGGUAUCGUUAGUAUCCGAGGAGGAGUGCGACGGACUACCCUCCUUCCUCAUCUCGUCACACGGCCCUCCAAUCCGGAUUGGGGGCAGGAAGGGGGAGUGGACACCAGUCGCCCCCUCUUCAGCGAUCAUGACAAAGUUCGGGCCGGCCGCCUUCAUCCCUGCUUUGGAGUUUUAGAAAGCAUAGACUCGGUUUCUUUGCUGCAAGUAGUACAGUUCAGUGUGUGAUGACAUUAUCGUGUAGCUUGCCAAUCGAUUUAAACGAGGAGAGGAAGGUCCAUGCAGGGAACCACAAUGGCGGACUUUUGGUCUUCUUUAUUCUCUUUAGUCCUUCCUUCAUGGAAAUGACCGUUCUCUGUCCACCAGUAUCACUGGACUCCUAACUGUGUAUUUUCUCCAAUGGACAAUUACUCGACCAACAAUGGAAGCUUAAAAGUGAAAGCGGAUGUACAGAACUGAAUCAAACCACAACAGCCGUUUUUUAAAUUAUUAUUGUUGUAUGUUUUGUUUUGUUUGUUUGUUUUUAGCUCUGGCCGUAAUGGGCACAAUGGUUUCAGGAGCGCCACUCAAAACGUUAGAAUGCAUCAUGCUGCUCUUUGCCGGUUAAAGGGCCAAAAACAAAACCUGUCAUGAAUGUCCUCUGGGCUGAUGUGGUCAUCCUCCACCUGUCAUGUUUCUGUUUUGGUUGUUUGUUUUGUUUCGUUUUUUUUUUUUUUUUUGUUGUCCUGUUGAAUCUGACACUUGUGCUGUUCUGACGGUUAAGGGGCGGGGGUGAUUCAUGUCAAUCUUUGUGUAUCUAAUCUCUUUUUUGUUUUUUUUUUAUUGUGAAAUGGUCUGGACAUAAAAACCUCUUUAAUUUAUUCCAAGAUGUACAUAUUGAUCCUGUGACAAUUUAUCGUGAGCAUUCCAAUCCUUAUUCCCUCCCUUCUCAACCUGCUCUCCGUCUGAAAUAAAGUGCUUUUAAAAAGUC